CUCACUCUGGAAGAAAUGCAUCUUCUUGGCCUUCACAUUUGGCUGACAUCGCAACUGAUCGCAGAGCUAAGAAAGCAAGUCGUAUCAGAAGCUGCAGAAGAAGAAGAUAACUUACAAGCAUCAAUCAGGCUCACUAUUAUUCCCCGGAAUAUUUCAAAAAACAAUAAGAAGAAAAAGAAACUGCAAUGUAUGGAAAAGUGGUUCUCUCGUUCAUUUUCGUGCUCUUGCUCGUCCUUUCUUACUCAAUUUUCAUAGGCACCCUCGACAUUCGACCUUAUUUCUUCCCUCGCCUAAAGUUACCCUCUGGUGCACCUGCUCCCUGUGCACCCGACCCGCCUCUUCGGGUUUUCAUGUACGAUCUCCCUCGCCGAUUCAACGUCGGCAUGAUUGACCGCCGGAGCGCGGCGGAGAUGCCCGUCACCGUCGAGGAAUGGCCGGCGUGGCCGGUGAACUGGGGGCUGAAGAAGCAGCACAGCGUGGAGUACUGGAUGAUGGGGUCGCUCCUCAACGUCGGCGGGGGCAGAGAAGUGGUUAGGGUUUCGGAUCCGGAACUCGCCCAAGCGUUCUUCGUGCCGUUCUUCUCGUCGCUCAGCUUCAACACGCAUGGUCACACCAUGAAGGAUCCCGCCACGCAGAUUGAUCGCCAAUUGCAGGUUGAUUUAAUGGAAUUAUUAAAGAAAUCCAAUUACUGGCAGAGGUCUGGAGGUAGAGACCAUGUAUUUCCCAUGACGCACCCCAAUGCCUUCAGGUUCCUACGAGAUCAGUUGAAUGAAUCGAUUCAGGUUGUUGUGGAUUUCGGUCGCUAUCCUAGGGGCAUGUCUAAUUUGAACAAAGAUGUGGUGUCCCCGUAUGUGCAUGUUGUGGACUCUUUUACAGAUGAUGAGCCUCAAGAUCCGUACGAGUCUCGCUCCACAUUGCUUUUCUUCCGAGGGAGGACUUACAGGAAAGAUGAAGGGAUUGUCCGUGUUAAACUAGCAAAGAUAUUGGCUGGUUAUGAUGAUGUUCACUAUGAGCGAAGUGUUGCUACAGAAGAGAACAUAAAAGCGUCAUCUAAAGGGAUGCGUUCUUCAAAGUUCUGUUUGCAUCCAGCAGGAGACACACCAUCAUCUUGUCGGCUUUUUGAUGCCAUUGUGAGUCAUUGCAUUCCUGUCAUUGUGAGUGAUCAAAUUGAACUCCCAUUUGAGGAUGAGAUUGACUACUCCCAGUUCUCGGUUUUCUUCUCUUUCAAAGAGGCAUUACAGCCUGGCUACAUGAUCGAUCAACUUCGUAAAUUUCCAAAGGAGAAAUGGACUGAAAUGUGGAGGCAACUAAAAAGCAUCUCCCAUCAUUAUGAAUUCCGAUAUCCUCCAAAAAGAGAAGAUGCUGUUGAUAUGCUGUGGAGACAGGUCAAGCACAAACUUCCAGGGGUGAAACUUUCUGUUCAUAGAAACCGGAGGUUAAAAAUCCCAGAUUGGUGGCAGGGGAGAUGAUUUUUGGGGCUUUCGUGUUGAUCUUGUACAUUCUUCAGUUACAGGGACAAUCCCUGAAAGGGAGGAAUAUCAUUAAUACGUCUUCUUAUCUCAACAUUUUGAAAUUGAGAUUUUUGUAUAAGUUUUAAUCUGUGAUUUGUUUUGGCAUUGGCUUCUAAUUUGGUGGGCAUUUAGUGACAUCUCACUUGGGGGCUUGAUGUUCAUGAACAUUGCCACUUCCUAGACAAUUGUUGUAUCUCCUCUUCUGGGUCAUUUCGAUUGAAUAUGGACUUUCUAGUUGUGCAAUCGAAGAUAUGCUCUCAGGAGGAGGGGGGGAGAUACGUGAGAAAGGGAUUUCAAUUUCCACUUUGUCAUUCUACAGUUCACUCACUUUAUAAUUUGUACAUCUCCAUUCAUGCUAAAGAACUAACUUUAAUCCUAGAAUUCAUUUACUUUCAUGAUUUGGUUACAUUUUUCUGUCCAUUUUCCAUGUGAUGCUGGUUGUUUGUAAGUUGAUUUUGAGUUAAAUAACAAUUUAGUCCUUAUAAAA